ACAUUCAUACCGUAAAUAUCACGCAUUGACGAAGUCACACGCAUAGACCGAAAAUCUGAGAGCGUGUUACUAGAUCUGAACAUGGCAAACCCUAAGGUCUUCUUCGACAUGGCUAUCGGCGGUGCACCGGCCGGACGGAUCGUGAUGGAGCUGUAUGCCGACACCACCCCUCGCACCGCCGAGAACUUCCGAGCCCUCUGCACCGGCGAGAAAGGUGUCGGUAAGAGUGGCAAGCCUUUGCACUACAAGGGCUCCAGCUUCCACCGUGUGAUACCCGGCUUCAUGUGCCAGGGCGGCGACUUCACCGCCGGAAACGGCACCGGCGGCGAGUCAAUCUACGGCUCCAAGUUCGCCGACGAGAAUUUCAUCAAGAAGCACACCGGUCCCGGUAUUCUCUCCAUGGCGAAUGCCGGCCCUGGGACCAACGGAUCGCAGUUCUUCGUCUGCACGGCGAGGACCGAGUGGCUGGACGGAAAGCACGUGGUGUUCGGGCAGGUUGUGGAAGGGCUGGACGUGGUGAAGUCGAUCGAGAAGGUUGGAUCCAGUUCUGGAAGGACCUCGAAGGCGGUGACCAUCGCCGACUGCGGUCAGCUUUCUUAGACCGGCCUUGGUCUUUGAUCUCAUGAGUCAUCGACUCUCUGAUAUAUGUGAUCCGGUGUCUUUCUUUGUCCGUUUUAGUUUUCAAGAGUCACUGUGAUGUUUCUAGGUUUAUAUGUGGGGUGUAUGGUGGAUCCAUUGAACUUUUGUGUUGAGAUGGAUAACCUUUAAAUAAGAUAGGUUUUACUUCGUCUA